AUGUACCAAAAAGUGCUCCUCGUUGCUCUCAAAGUCAACUCCCUCGACGGAGCGACCAUCUGGGAAGGCUGGUCCACACUCUUCGGCGAAGAAAAUGGCCCAAAGCCAACUAAGAAUGUUUCGGCAAAGCGCUUUCAGCGUCUGAAGAAAACGUUGGCUGAGGGGUCUCUGCCAAACGAUUCAUCGAUGAUCAAAUUCAAGCAGAAGAAGUAUCCUCGCAAUCGCGGCAGGAAGGCAAGCAAAGCCAGGCGAAAGGCUUCCAGUAGUGACUCGGCCGCCGACAGCUCGGAGUUUGAAAUUUGA